CGAGCCACCUAACCAAAUGGUGAUUCGGUUUCCACAAACAGAGACGGACACAAUAUGAAAUGUCAAAUUCGAAACAAGUCAGCACUAGCCACUAGGGUUUUGGGCUUCAUAUAAAGCGCGCCCUUCGCUUUGUUUCUUACUGUAACCUCUUAUCGUUUCUCUUUUCUCUCUCUUUUUACUGCUACCAAUAGAGAGGAGAAAGAGAACGCACGCUAUCAAAAGAAAAUCGAUUUUCAGGUAUUGUGGUCAAGUUGAGUUGGCGAAAUGGCUAGUGGGGGCAAAGGAAAAAAGAAGGAGGUGAAGAAAGAGACUGGAUUGGGACUCUCCUUUAAAAAGGAAGAACAAUUUGGAGAAUGGUAUUCAGAUGUGGUUGUGAGUGGUGAGAUGAUAGAGUAUUAUGAUAUCUCUGGCUGUUAUAUCUUGAGGCCAUGGGCAAUGUCAAUUUGGGAGGUCAUGCAAACAUUCUUUGAUGCAGAAAUCAAGAAAAUGAAAAUUAAGAACUGUUACUUUCCCCUUUUUGUUUCAUCUAGUGUCUUAGAAAAGGAGAAGGAUCACAUAGAGGGAUUUGCUCCAGAGGUUGCUUGGGUGACAAAAUCUGGGAAAUCUGACUUGGAAAUUCCUAUAGCGAUUCGCCCAACUAGUGAAACAGUUAUGUAUCCCUACUAUUCUAAGUGGAUCAGGGGACACCGUGAUUUGCCUUUGAAACUUAACCAGUGGUGCAAUGUCGUCCGUUGGGAAUUCAGUAAUCCUACUCCAUUCAUCAGGAGCCGUGAAUUCCUUUGGCAGGAAGGGCAUACUGCUUUUGCAACAAAGGAAGAAGCAGAUGAAGAGGUCCUUCAAAUAUUGGAGCUGUAUAGGUGUAUAUAUGAAGAAUUCUUGGCCGUUCCAGUCGUGAAAGGCAAAAAAAGUGAGAGGGAGAAAUUUGCUGGUGGACUUUACACAACCAGUGUUGAGGCAUUUAUUCCCAACACUGGACGUGGUAUUCAAGGUGCAACUUCUCAUUGUUUGGGUCAAAACUUUGCAAAAAUGUUUGAGAUAAACUUUGAAAAUGAGAAGGGAGAGAAGGGUAUGGUCUGGCAGAACUCGUGGGCCUAUAGUACUCGAACGAUUGGGGUGAUGGUGAUGGUUCAUGGUGAUGACAAAGGCUUAGUGCUGCCACCUAAAGUGGCAUCUGUUCAAGUUAUUGUGAUUCCUGUGCCCUACAAAGAUGCUGAUACUCAAGGCAUUUUUGAUGCUUGCACUGAAACUGUGGAUGCCUUGUGCAAGGUAGGCAUCCGUGCAGAGAGUGACUUCAGAGACAAUUACUCUCCUGGCUGGAAGUACUCUCACUGGGAGGUGAAAGGUGUACCCCUAAGGAUUGAAAUAGGGCCAAAAGAUUUGGCAAAUAAUCAGGUACGGACUGUUCGUCGUGAUAACGCAACCAAAAAAGAUAUAAGCAGAGUUAAUUUGGUUGAGCAAGUAAAAGAGAUACUAGAUGCUAUUCAACAAAGUCUUUUUGAUGCUGCUAAGCAAAAGCGUGAUGCCUGCAUUCAAGUUGUAAGAACUUGGGAUGAGUUCACAGAGGCUCUAAGCCAAAGGAAAAUGAUCCUGGCUCCUUGGUGUGAUGAGGAGGAGGUGGAAGAAGAUGUGAAACAGCGAACCAAAGGUGAGAUGGGAGCAGCCAAGAGCCUUUGUACUCCGUUUGAGCAGCCAGAGCUCCCUGAAGGGACAUUGUGCUUUGCCUCUGGAAAGCCAGCGAGGAAAUGGACAUACUGGGGCAGAAGUUACUAGAAUAUUAUAAUUCCUUUCCUCAGCUACUUGAUGCUUUCCUAUGCAAGGCCAGCAAGGAAAUGGACAUAUCGGAGCAGGGAUUUAUUCCCAUGUUCUUCAAUGUCUAAUGAUCGGGAGGUGCUCUAAUUUUUGUUUUCCAAAACUGUAAUUGAUACUCGAGCAAAACGAGUGUUAGAUCAUUUAUAUAAUGUCAUGGAUGCUAUCCGUUGUUUACCAAUUGUACCUGGUGUAAACCUUAAUUUUAUAUACAAGACUUCGAAGUGUUGAUCCCUGUCUUA